AUGCAGCUUCCCGCCUUCAUCUCGUCUCUGUCCCUUCUAGGGGCCGCCUUGGCGGUUUCAGAGCACACCCAGCCCUUGGAAGAUAGGGCUGCGAAGACUGCCACUGUCGUCCUUGACACCGCUACCGUUGUCGGUAACGUUAUGAACAAGGUCGAGUCCUUUGGUGGUAUCCCCUAUGCGAAGCCGCCCACCGGUCCCUUGCGACUGAAGCCCCCCGUGCGGCUGACGGACAACAUCGGCACGUUCGACGCCACUGGCCCGGCCGGUGCUUGUCCGCAGAUGAUUUCCUCUUCAGACAGCCAGAACAUCCUCUUCGACCUCCUCGGAGAUAUUGCCAAUUUGCCAUUCGUCCAGAAGGCUUCGGGACAAAGCGAGGACUGCCUUUCUAUCACAGUAGCUCGCCCUGAGGGCACCAAGGCGGAUGCGAAGCUGCCUGUGCUCUAUUGGGUCUUUGGAGGUGGCUUCCAGCUCGGAUGGUCCUCCAUGUAUGACGGCACCGGCCUCGUCCAGCACGGUGUCGACAUUAGCAAGCCUUUCAUUUUCGUCGCCGUGAACUACCGCGUCGCUGGCUUCGGAUUCAUGCCCGGCAAGGAGAUUCUCGCCGACGGAUCUGCCAACCUUGGCCUUCUCGACCAGCGCAUGGGUCUCGAGUGGGUUGCCGACAACAUCGCUGCCUUUGGCGGCGACCCAGACAAGGUCACUAUCUGGGGCGAGUCCGCUGGUGCCAUCUCCGUUUUUGACCAGAUGGCCCUCUACGGCGGUGACAACAAGUACAAGGGCAAGCCGCUCUUCCGCGGCGCCAUCAUGAACUCCGGCAGCAUCACCCCCACGGACCCCGUCGACUGCCCCAAGGGCCAAGCAGUCUACGACAAGGUUGUCGAGAAGGCUGGUUGCGCCGGCAAGGCAGACACACUGAACUGCCUCCGUGAGGUCGACUACACCACCUUCCUCAACGCCGUCACCUCUGUUCCCGGCAUUCUGUCGUACAGCUCAGUCGCGCUGUCUUACCUACCCCGUCCCGAUGGCAAGACCUUGCCUUUGAGCCCUGACGUCCUCGCCAAGGAAGGCAAGUAUGCCGCCGUGCCCAUGAUCAUCGGAGACCAGGAGGACGAAGGCACCAUCUUCGGCAUCUUCCAGCCCAACCUCACCAGCACGGAAAAGCUGGUUCGAUACCUCAAGGAUUACUACUUUGCCACUGCUACUGAAGCCCAGAUCAAGGCUUACGUCGACACCUACGAUGACGGCCUCAACGCUUUGAUCAACGGCAGCCCCCACCGUACCGGAAUCCUGAACGAGAUCUUCCCCGGCUUCAAGCGCCGCUGUGCUGUUCUCGGCGACCUGGUCUUCACACUCACCCGCCGCGUCUUUCUCAACCUUGCCACGGCAGUCAACCCCAGCGUCCCCUCCUGGUCGUACCUCGCCUCGUACAACUACGGCACGCCUAUUCUAGGAACCUUCCACGGCUCGGACCUGUUGCAGGUGUUCUACGGCAUCAAGGACAACUACGCCGCGCGCAGCAUCCGCACGUACUACACCAACUUUGUGUACGCGCUCGACCCCAACGUCGGCUCCAACGGACAGUACCCCAACUGGCCGAGGUGGGACCAGGGACAGAACCUGAUGCAGUUCUUUGCGAACAAGGCAAGCUUGCUCAAGGAUGAUUUCAGGAAAACGAGCUCGGAUUGGAUUUUGAACAAUGCUGGCAGCUUGUAUUUCUGA